CUGUCAGACGAGAAAACGGAUCGUUGCACUUUAUCAAAGAAACGCUGAAAUCCGUACAAUAAUUAAGUUUUCUAUGGAUCUAAAGUAAUUAAAUAAUCAGUACUUAUUAAUUUUAAUCAUGUUCUGGAGCGGGAACUAUAUAGCUGUGAGGGAGCUAAAUUCCUUGCUCAAAGAAGAGAAUGUGACGCUCAGUCAGGUGCUGGAGGCAGAUGAUGUGCUGCAAGAGUGUAAAGCGGAUAACAAGGCACUCAUACAGUUCCUCACACGUCCAGACAUCCUAGCGGAGCUCGUAACACUCAUCACAGAGGAGCCCCCCAAGAAUGUAGAGCUCAGCCUCCAGUACCGGCACGCCACCAUAGCCUGUGAGGUCCUCACGUCCCAGCUCCCCACACUCUCGGACCGGCUGUCCAUGGACACGGUGCAGAUGCACAGGCUAUGCGACUUCAUCAAUAGGGAGCCUCCGCUGAACCCGCUGCUGGCGUCAUACUUUAGUAAAACUAUUGAGAUGCUGCUUGACAGGAGUCCUAAACAGGACUGGUACUUAUACCACAUCGUGUGCCUCCGCGUCCUGGACUUCCUUAAGGCGCGGCGCGACUUCCUACCCAAUCUGCUGCGACACCUGCACACCUCGGCGGUGUUGGACGCGCUCAAGUGCUUCAUACGGCUUAAUGAUCUCUUCAAUAAGCUCAUUAUGGAAUGGCUAGAAGAGCACCAGUUCCUCGAAGCCCUAAUAGCGAUCAUCUGCGGCACGUACGAGCCGCCGCCGCUGGCGCCUCGGGCGCCGACCUGCGAGCUCGAAAAGGGCCAACAGGAGGAGAGCGAGAAGGCGGAGAAGGAGGCCGUGGAGAAGGGCGACCUGGACGCGCAGGAUAAAGAAGUACGAGAAGAGCCACCGGCAUCUGAGCAGGCGACGGGCGACAACGCACAGGCUGAAGCGGAAGCGGAGGCGAAAGCGGAGCGGGCGGCGGCGGGUCCGCGCAUCGCCGCCGCCAACGCCGCCUCUCUGCUCACUGACAUCAUCCUUAAUGGCUGUGUGGCUGAUUAUAGUCAGGUUUCGCCUGCUGGGAAUACAAGGUCCCGCACCGCGCAGGCGCUGGCGGCGCGCUUGCUGUCGCCCCGCGGCGUGGGCGCGCUGCUGCAGGGCGUGUUCACCAGCCCCGCCGCCGCGCGCCGCCACGCGCUGGUGCACGGCGCCCGGCUGCUGCUGGCCAUGAGGGAGGACCAAGACUACAAUUCUGAGCAGGGUGGAUCAGGAGGGACCAGCACUCGGAACGGCGUGGAGUUGGCUGUGGCACCACAUUUGCCGCUUUUACACACGGCGUUGCUGCAGCCGCCUGAACCUUAUAUGCAUGAGCCGUCAUCAUGGGAGGCGCCGACGGACGGCGGCGGGGGCUCGGUGGCGGGGGAGGGGGACGCCGUCACCACCGAGCUGCCCGCGCCCGAGCGCGGCGACCCGCCGCCGCCCGCCCAGGCACCUGCGCCGCACGAGGCAUCGGUGACACCCGCAGAGGCAAACGACAAACCUGCCGAGCCAGCUGAGGGAUCUACCGAGGCAGUGGCGGAGGCUAAAGAAACGUCAGCUACGGAAGUGCCGACGGAGGCGCCUAAACCCCCUCCCGCACCGCGAGUGGCGGUCGGCGCGGCGCGUCUACAGGUUGCAGCAUUGCUGGCGGCAUUAUGUGGCUCGGAGGUGGAUGAAGUGGCUUCUACUAUGCUUACACUAGGUACCCCGGGCGUUCUCAUCGACAUGUUCUUCGCGCACCCGCACAACAACUUCCUCCACGCGCAAGUCAUGGUCAUGGUCAGAAACGCGCUCACCAACCGCGCUUACAGGACGCAGUACGCCCGACACAUAUUGGACGAGUGCGACUUAUUCAACAGACUAAUGGAUAUUUAUGAAGAAAAUGAAACGAAUAGAGGUACGGCGAGCAGUCCCCGAGCCGGCUACAUGGGCCACGUGGUGCGGUUACUGCGGACGAUCGCUCCCACGCUAGAAGAACGGACUCCGGCCGCGGAACGAUGGGCGUCGUCUUCCAUAGAAUCGCUUAUUAAACAACUUGAUACGCCACUGGGCGGCUACUACCCCUCUGAAAACACGUAUGAAGUCGAGCCGGAAGGCAUGGUCGAGGUGGAGACUCGUCUCUACAACCUUUCAAAUGUGAGUAAUACUAAUUACAGCGACUUCGCGACCGAUGAAGAUUUGAGCGAGGUUGCGUCGUCGGCCAACAUGAAUAAGUUUUUGGAGCUGUCCAACCAGCGCAUGUGCGACCAGUCUGACAUGUGGGACGACGCGCCUGAUGGCGAAGCGGAGGAAAGAGACAGAGAUAGGGAAAACGACGCGGGGGAAAAGGACGACGACGACGGCGAGGCGAGAGCCACCGUGCACGACGUCCUUGCUCCUGUUAGCCCAUGGGAAAGCUCGUUCGAGGAAUCCAACAUGGCGGGCGAAGGCUGGGCGCAGUUCUCAGCCGACGCGUUCGGCGCCCCGAUCGACCCGUUCGCUAAUAGCGACGCGUUCGCCAAAUCCGACGCGUUCGCUAACGACGCGUUCGCUAAGUCUGACGCGUUCGCUAAUGACGCGUUCGAGAAAGCCGCGUCACGAGUUUCGUUUGAUGCGUUUAAGAAGGAAUUCGAUUCCUGGCGCUAUCAAGAUAAGGGGGAUGUUCCAGAUGUAAACGGAACUAGCGGUGUAGAACAAUCCCUCCACGGCCUGCGGCUCGAUGCUAUGGAUAAACCACUAGAUGAAUUAAGCAGCUCUCUGGCCGACAACCUCCGUACUGCUAUGAGCUCUAUGACGCCCGAGGUAAUAGCAAACAUCGUGAACGCAAACAUGACGCCCGCGCUCGACGUUCCGCUCGACGUACCCAACGCGUCCAACCCCACAGAUGCGUCCAACGCGUCCAACACCACGGAAACGUCCAGCACGUCCAGCAAGCCCAACACCGCCAACGAACCAUCCAACACACCAAGUGAAAGUGAAAAAGUCAGUGAUAAUGAUUCUAAAGAUCAAAAUCAGGUUCAAGACCCCUCCGAGAGCUGAUCCUCUCGUGGUGCGUAGUUUUCAGUGGCGGAGCGUCCGUAGCUCGACUCCCGCCACGGAGGGAGUUGGGUGCCAUCCUGCAGGUAUUGAAGCCAGAUUAUCGGCUUGGCGCGUCGCCACUGGUGGGUCGCGGGCCCUCGGUCGGCAAUACGUAGUGAAAAUGGAACAUAGAAAAAUGCAUGUAAGAUGGAUUUUUCAUUAGGUUUUAACCACUUCGAGUCUCAGGGUUCUAAAUUUGCCAGCCAAAAAGCGUCUUUGUGGUUUGAAAUUUAGAAUUUAAUUUUGCUCGAGGGGUUAAACACCAAAUUGGUAUCUUGUGUCUAUUUUCACUUCGAGCGCCAUAGACCCUCGGCCGGCAAAGAUGCAAUACUUAAUCACUUGUAACUUUGAGCCAUAAAUGUAUGAAUCGUUUGGUCCUAGGCAUGGUAUCCUUGCAUGCUUUACGUGCGCAUUACAUCUGAAUAAGGCAAUCAUUAGUAAUUCUUAUUGCAAUGUGAUAAGGUCUUCUAAUAGGCCCUCUUUUUAA